AUGGCAGGUCCAGAUUCAAACAAGACUACAGAGACUGGUUCUCGGGUCCUGACUACAGCAUCCUUUUCAGAGCUGUCAAAGGAUAUUCUGAACGCCACGUUUUACAACAUCAUACACGACCUCGUGGCAAAAGUUCACCGAGACGAAAAACUCGCGAGAAUGAGAUCUGCCGUUGUUCUAGCCAGGCAAAAAGCUGAAGCCGAAGCCGAGGCGGGAGGCGUUCCGGAGAAGAAGGUUCAGGUAGAAACGGAAGGGGCCAUAUGUGAAAAUGGAAAAGUAUACCUCAAGGGCAACCCUCUUGCUACAACCAAGGAGAUUGUGUGUCCGUUCUGCCGUCUUCCCCGUCUAUUAUAUCCAACAAUGGGAGUCGGUGCUCGGCCGCCUCCAGAUCCGUCAAAGGAAUAUUGCACAAAGCAUCCUCUAGUCAGCAGACCUGGAUACGACGUCCAUGGAAAUCCAUUCGCUACCGACAAGACGAAAAAGAAGAAGAAAAAUACAAACACAAACACCCCGAUAUCUAGCCCGCCGUCGACCCCGGAUACAAAUGGCUCAUCUAAACAGAAUGCACCCGAUUAUCCAACAAUAAAAUGCCCCAAUUGUCCGCGCUAUUGUCAGACGAACAGAGUAGCAGCACAUCUUGACCGUUGUAUGGGCAUUUCAGGUCGUACCGCCACCCGAAAUCGCGAAGGAGGUUCGGCUACACCCACUACCUCAGGACCACCGAAGCGGCCUUUUCCAGAUGACGAUGCUGCGCCUAUGAAUUUCAAAAAGAAGAAGCCUAAUACUCCGAAAAAGCUGGGAAGUAAUAAACCAGCGCCUCCAAGCAAAUUGAAGAAAGCAGCCACCCCGGAUACGAUGCUCGCCGAGGAAGCUGCGGAGGCAGCAGAGGCAGCAGAAGCCGCAGAAUCUGCAGAAUCAUUUCAUGACCCUUCAGUUGAUGGCGAGGAAAAAGUUGAGUCUUGA